CCGCGAGUCAGCAGAGUAACGCUCCCUCUAAGUGUGCGGGGACUGGCGGGUGGCUGUGCCUGCCUCUGCGCGCAGGUUGCGGAGAUCCAGCAGCAGUCAUGACUGAGGGCACGUGUCUGCGUCGUAGAGGGGGGCCGUAUAAGACAGAGCCCGCCACCGACCUCAGCCGCUGGCGUCUCAGCAAUGAGAGGGGCAGGCAGGUGUGGACCUAUUUUCAAGAAGAGGACAACCCCGGCCGGGAGCAGACUGCGCUGGAAGCUCACUCCUUGGGAUUGGACACUAGGAGUUACUUCAAAGACUUGCCCAAAGCCCAUACGGCCCACGAGGGGGCUCUGAAUGGGAUAACAUUUUACAUGGCGCUGCAGGCAGAAGACGGACACUGGGCGGGUGAUUAUGGCGGCCCACUCUUUCUUCUGCCAGGCCUCCUGAUCACUUGCCACGUGGCACGCAUCCCUCUGCAGCCUGGAUACAGAGAAGAGAUUGUGCGGUACUUGCGAUCCGUGCAGCUCCCGGAUGGCGGCUGGGGCCUGCACAUCGAGGACAAGUCCACGGUGUUUGGGACUGCACUCAACUAUGUGUCCAUGAGGAUCCUGGGUGUUGGGCCCGACGACCCUGACCUGGUACGAGCACGGAACUUACUUCACAAGAAAGGCGGAGCCGUGGCCAUUCCGUCCUGGGGGAAGUUCUGGCUGGCCGUCCUGAACGUUUACAGCUGGGAAGGUCUCAACACCCUGUUCCCGGAGAUGUGGCUGUUUCCUGACUGGGCGCCUGCACAUCCCUCCACACUCUGGUGCCACUGCCGGCAGGUUUACCUGCCCAUGAGCUACUGCUACGCCACGCGGCUGAGCGCCGAGGAGGACCCGCUGGUCCAGAGCCUGCGCCAGGAGCUCUAUGUGGAGGACUAUGCCAGCAUCCACUGGCCGGCACAGAGGAACAACGUGGCCCCGGACGACCUCUACACGCCGCACAGCUGGCUGCUGCACGUGGUAUACGCGAUCCUCAACCUGUACGAACGCCACCACAGCACCAGCCUGCGGCAGCAGGCCAUCCGGAAGCUGUAUGAGCACAUUGCGGCCGACGACCGCUUCACCAAGUGCAUCAGCAUUGGCCCGAUCUCGAAAACCAUCAACAUGCUCGUGCGCUGGCACGUGGACGGGCCGGACUCCAGCAUUUUCCAGGAGCACGUCUCCAGGAUCCCCGAUUACCUCUGGAUGGGCCUCGACGGCCUGAAGAUGCAGGGCACCAAUGGCUCGCAGGUCUGGGACACCUCGUUCGCCAUCCAGGCUCUGCUGGAGGCAGGUGCACACCACAGGCCCGAGUUUUCAUCCUGCUUGCAGAAGGCGCAUGAGUUCCUGCGGGUCUCACAGGUCCCAGACAACCCGCCCGACUACCAGAAGUACUACCGCCAGAUGAACAAGGGCGGCUUUCCCUUCAGUACUGUGGACUGUGGCUGGAUCGUCACCGACUGCACAGCUGAGGGCUUGAAGUCCGUCCUUCUCGUACAGGAAAAAUGUCCUUUUGUCACCACGCACAUCCCGCCAGAGCGGCUCUUCGACGCUGUUGCUGUGCUGCUGAACAUGAGAAACCCCGAGGGGGGCUUUGCCACCUACGAGACCAAGCGUGGGGGUUACCUGCUGGAGCUGCUGAACCCCUCAGAGGUAUUCGGGGACAUCAUGGUUGACUACACAUACGUGGAGUGCACCUCGGCCGUGGUGCAGGCGCUGAAGUACUUCCACAAGCAGUUCCCGGAGCACAGGCCGCGGGAAAUCAGGGAGACCCUGGAGCAGGGCCUGGAGUUCUGCCGGCGGAAGCAGAGGGAUGACGGCUCCUGGGAAGGCUCCUGGGGGGUUUGCUUCACCUAUGGCACCUGGUUUGGGCUGGAAGCUUUUGCCUGCAUGGGACAGAUUUACCAAGAUGGGGUGGCCUGUGCAGAGGUCUCCAGGGCCUGCAACUUCCUGCUGUCCCGGCAGAUGGCGGACGGAGGCUGGGGGGAGGACUUCGAGUCCUGCGAGCAGCGGCGUUACAUGCAGAGCGCCCAGUCCCAGAUCCACAACACGUGCUGGGCCCUGCUGGGGCUGAUGGCCGUCAGGCAUCCUGAUGUAGAGGCCCUGGAGAGAGGAAUCAGGUGUCUGCUCAGAAAACAGCUCCCCAAUGGGGACUGGCCCCAGGAGAAUAUCCCCGGGGUCUUCAACAAGUCCUGUGCCAUCAGCUAUACGAGCUACAGGAAUGUCUUCCCCAUCUGGGCCUGCGGUCGCUUCUCCCACCUGUACCCUGAAAGUGCCCUUGCUGGCCACCCUUGAGAGGGGGCUUAUGGGCGCCUGGCCGGUGGGGCUGCAGAGUGAGGUUGGAGCAUCUCACCGGACCGGGAGCUGGUGUAGCCCUGCCCCGCCCCGCCCCACCCUCCCCACUCUGGAGUGAAUGCUGGGACCAGGCCUGCACAUUCAUCAGGGUAGGGCUGGGGUGAGGGAAGGAACGCGAUGAACUGGGCCUGGCUGCUGCCUGGGCAUGGUCUGUGUCCUCGUGUGAGCCCAGGGCUGGGAGGGCUUUCCUGACCAACAGUAGUUCUCAGCAUUGUGCCUUAUCUGCCUCCUGCCCGGUGCUGAGCCCCCGCCCCCCAGGACAGCUCUUUCUGCACCUUCUGUCUGUGGGACUGAGGGAGGUGACGGCUUCCCCGAACAGCCUGGGGCAGAGAGGCUGGGCCUGCCUGUGCACCUUGCCACCCCGGCCUCAGUGAGGACAGGGACGAGACAUGGCAACCCCGCCCCAGAUUGCAUUCAUCCACACUGCACUGCUGUGCAUUCAGUUUCCUGGUGCAUUCAGCGUUCCCCUGCAGAGUUUAUAGUCGUCUCGUAAUGACGGAAAUACCCAGAGGGGCAUUUCAAGCACAACAAAUGGUGAAGGCUAGUGGUUUGGUGGCUACCACUGUGGGGCACUGCUGUGCGCCAGGGACAACUGAGCACCCCAGCCUGUUGGUCACCACCCACCGAAGCUGGCUGGGCAUGUGACGCCCAGGACACUCUCAUGGCUGCUGUGACCUUUGUGCCCUAGUUUGCUCUGAGUUGAAGUGGGAGCCAGAUUUCCAGGCGAUGCUUCUCGGGGGGUAAACCAGUCACUUCCCUUCUGGCUACUCUAAACCGGUUUGGUUCAGUGUGCGUGGACUUGGGGGCUCAGAAUGGACACUCUGGGACCUGGGUUUGCCAUUGACCUGGGAGGAUGAGCAGCUCGUGUGCUCACGGCCUCCCCGGGGGCAUGGCUACGAGGAGUCACCGAGAGCUUUGAUGAGAAUAAAACCCAAGCCUGGUGUCACCUCAGAGGCCCCACCCCAGUGCCACCUCCACCAGCCAUUUCUCUGUGCCGUCUCCUGGACUGACGGCAGCCCCACGCUGCACUCCCCUGGCCACCUGGCCUCCUCAGCCUCGUCAUCACCUGCCCAGAGCCCAUCCGGGCCCUUGCCACUCGUGGAGGCUUUGCCUGUGUGGCCUUGUCCCAGAUUCUCAGAGCUCACCAGCUCCUCAGUUUCAGGAAACACAAGUAGCUGUUUGGAGAUAAGCAGGUGCAUCUCCAGUUAUUUCAGGGAAACCAUUUGCCUCAGCCUAAUUAAAAGUCCAGUUCUCUCUCCUGGGCAAAUCGCUGAAGAGUCUUGAAUUCAAGUGAUCUUAUUUCCAUUGAUUCAAUUUUGAAUAUUAUGCUGGGGAAUUUUCUCUGGAGUCCUGGGAGGUUUCCUGUGUAAGUUUCCCAUCCUGUCCUUCGAGGAAACGUUGAACUCGCAGUGGAAACUUACCCCUGGGAAAAAUACUUUCCCUUACCGAACAUAAUCACUGCUGCUACGUGAUUUUUAUUUGGGCAAUAAAAGUGUUUUAAGAAUCCAUAC